AGAGGAGCAGCCACACAGAAAAAAGGACCUUUAAAACAACUCAGAGCAAAGGAAGGAGGGCAAGAGGAGGGGGAGAAAACGCCCUGAAAAAAUCGGGUUCACCGAGAAAUAGGAAAAAGAGUGACAUUUUCCUAACAGACUGAGAAGUUGUGACUGAGUGAAAGCGCUCUUCUUGGGCUGAGGAGAAGGAGAGAAGGCACGUUUUCAAGGAUGCUCAAGCUGUUGUGAGGCUUCUUGGGCGCAAAGAUUGCGCACAGAAGUCAAGAAAACAAGAAAGAAAGAAGCUAACAGAAGCCUUGGUUUUGCUUGAGCAAUCCAAGAUGGCUGACGAAGAGGAAACCAGAGAGGUACUCUUUCCAGACUGGGAGGGUCCAGACAAAACUGGUUUGACCAUUGAACACACAACUGGAGGAGAAAUCUUUGUCAAGGAGGUCAAAGGAGAGUCACCUGCUGCCCGUUCUGGAAAAGUAUACGAAGGUGACCAGAUUGUGGGUGCCACUAUCUACUUUGACAAUAUGAGCUCAGAAGAGACAUCAGAUCUACUUAAGACUUUGAACAAACACAAGGUUGGAUUGAAACUGCAAAACAAAGGGGACAAAUCCCCUUGCUACUCACCCUUGAGCACACCAUGUCGUUCACCGAUGGGGACCCUCACGUGGGAAGGGAAAGCCCACUUUGGUGGCUCCAGUCCAGAUAUUAUUCUAAGUGGAGACGAUGAGGACUAUAGAAGAAUAUACACAAAGAAAAUUAAACCAAGACUGAAGUCUGAAGACCUUGCAGAGGGUGUGGAUGUUCGCACAGAACGACAUAGCAGCACAAGCAGUGAUGGAAGCACAAUUACCACCAUCACGCGUCGCAUCACUACCUACACAGUAGACAUGCCGAGUGGCAUAAGUGAGAAACCUGAAAUUUCAAGUCCAGAGCUAAAGAGGCUGCGGCACGAGUCUGGAGAAGGCUCUCCUAGUAUCAGGAUUGUACAUGGGAGCCCAUCAGGUAAAGUGGAACUAGAGGAGGGAGUUUUUGAGUCAAGAUUUUCCACAUUGCCUGGCAUGACUUCAGCGACGGAUAUGGAUGUAAACUUAACCAGUUCAACGUUAACAAUUGGGGAUCACGUCAGCCUGCCAAGUACAAAACCUGAAACUGAAAACAUUAAAAGACCCAAUUUUGAUAUUGAGGGAACUGAAACAAAACUAAAAGACCCCAGGUUCAAUAUGUCAUCCAUAUUGGGACCAAAACUGUCCAUGCCAGAUGUUGAUAUCAAUUUGAAAGGGCCCAAACUUAAAGGUCAUGCGGAUAUGUCAGCUCCAAAAAUAGAAGGUGAUGUAAAAACACCCGACAUUGACAUUAAAGGUCCAAAAGUUGGCAGUAAAGGGCGAAAAGAUGGGUAUGAGACGCCGCAAAUGAAAAUGCCAUCAUUCAACAUCAAGGGCCCAAAAGUGGAAGCUCCAGACUUAGAUGUCAAUUUAAAAGGCCAAGUAUUUGAGGGGAAAGUAACUGUUCCAGUUCUUGAAGGAAGUGUUGAAUCUCCUGAUGUAAGAAUUAAAGGACCAGACAUUAACAUCGAAGGCCAUAAAGGAGGGAUUAAAAUGCCCAAAUUAAAAUUUGAAGGUGAUGCUGAUCUGUCUGCUCCAAAGAUAAAACAACCUGACAUUGAAAUCAAAGGUCCAAAAGUUGACAUUGAAGGGCCAAAGGGUGGAUUUGAGAUGCCGAAAAUCAAGAUGCCAUCACUCAAUAUCAAAGGCUCAAAAGAUGAGGGAGAGGUGGAUGUGAAAGUUCUAAAGCUUGAUGGGAAAGCCGACCUUCCUAAAGUAGACAUAGAAGGGCGUGAUAUUGACAGUGAGAGCCAAAAAGGAGGGUUUAAAAUGCCAAAAAUGAAAAUGCCAUCAUUUAACAUGAAGGGCCCAAAACUUGAAAGUCCUGAAGUUGAUGUCAACCUCCCCAAAGUAAACAUUGAUGCGGAAGGGCAUGGCGUUGAAAUUAAAGGGAAAGACAUUGAUAUUGAAGGGCCGAAUGCCAAACACAAAGGAUUCAAGUACAACAUGCCAUCCAUUUCAGGACCAAAUUUGCCAAUGCCUGAUGGUGACUUCAAAUUUAAACAUCCAAAGCUCAAAGGUGAUGUGGAUCUUUCAAUUACGAAAACAGAGGGAGACAUAAAAACACCCGAAAUGGAUAUCAAAGGUCCAAAUGUUAACAAUGCCGGACCAAAGGGUGGAUUUGAGAUGCCCAAAAUGAAAAUGCCAUCACUCAACAUCAAGAGUCCAAAAGUGGAUGCUUCAGAAAUGGAAAUUAAUCUAAAAGGCCCCAAAAUAAAGGGUGAUGCGGAUGUAAAAGUACCAAAGAUUGAAGGGAAUGUGGAACUUCCUGAAGUGGACAUUGAAGGACCAGACUUUGAUAUUGAGGGCCAUAAAGGAGGGUUUAAAAUGCCAAAAUUCAAAAUGCCUUCCUUUGGCAUGAAGGGCCCGAAACUCGAAGGUCCAGAAGUGGAUGUAGACCUUCCCAAAGCAAAUAUUGAUGUCGGAACACCUGAUGUUGAAAUGAAAGGACCUGAUGUUGACAUUGAAGGACCCAAUGCAAAUCUCAAAGGACCCAAGUUCAACAUGCCAUCCAUUUCAGGGCCAAAACUCUCAAUGCCAGAUGUUGACUUCAACUUGAAAGGUUCGAAAGUCAAAGGUGAUGUGGACCUUUCAGCUACAAAGGUAGAUGGAGACCUUAAAACACCUGACAUUGACUUUAAAGGUCCAAAAGUUGACAUUGAAGGGCCAAAGGGUGGAUUUGAGAUGCCCAAAAUAAAAAUGCCAUCACUCAACAUCAAAGGUCCAAAAGUGGAAGCUCCAGAUUUGGACUUCAACCUGAAAGGCCCCAAAAUGAAGGGUGAUGUGGAUGUUAAAGUACCAAAGAUUGAAGGGAAAGUAGAACUUCCUGAAGUGGAUAUUGAAGGACCAGAUAUUGAUAUUGAGAGCCAUAAAGGAGGGUAUAAAAUGCCAAAAUUCAAAAUGCCUUCCUUUGGUAUGAAAGGCCCGAAACUCGAAGGUCCAGACGUUAAUGUAGAACUCCCUAAAGCAAACAUGGAUGUGGGAACAUCUGACGUUGACAUUAAAGGACUUGAUGUUGAUAUUGAGGGACCCAAUGCAAAACUCAAAGGACCCAAGUUCAACAUGCCAUCCAUUUCAGGACCAAAACUGUCCAUGCCUGAUGUGGAUUUCAACUUGAAAGGUCCCAAAUUCAAAGGUGACGUGGAUAUGUCGGCUCCAAAAAUAGAA